AUGGGAGUAGAUUUGAGCAAAUUUAGCGUUCUUAAUAGCCAAUACGAGCAAUCGAUGGAGCAGAUCUUAAACAAUAUAACAGAAAGGAUUCAAAAGUUCUGGUUGCGCAAUAACUUUAUCUACAGUUGGUCUACUUUAAAGAAGAAGAAUGAUCAGUGUUUAACAAUAUUGCACAAUAUGUCUGAUAAGGUACUGCAGGCACAUAAGGCUGUGCAUUUAAAUAAUAAGAAGAACGGAUUAGAAGCAUCAAGUGGUACUAAAUUUAAGGCAUUCUUAGAUCUUCUUUUAGAAUUAUCGAUUGAAACGGGAGCUUUUAAUGACUCGGAAAUAAAAGACGAAAUAAAUACAAUGAUUGCCGCCGGACAUGAUACUACUGCGGACGUUCUUAUGUUUACAUUAGUAUUAAUAGGAUCCUAUCCAAAGGUACAGGAGCGGAUAGUUGAAGAGUUACGAAACGUGUUAGGGGAUGACGACAGGGACGUAACUAAACAAGAUUUAUCUCGGUUAGUGUAUUUAGAAGCAGUUUUUAAGGAAUCCUUGCGCAUAUAUCCAAUAGUUCCAGUGACAGCUAGAAGACUUGAUAAAAAUGUUAAGCUAAAGAAUUAUACACUUACUGCUGGGCGGACAUGUUUUAUUUUUAUUUAUGGUAUUCACCGUCACCCAAUGUGGGGUGAUGAUGCUGAAGAGUUCAAACCAGAAAGGUGGCUAGAUAAAACGACUUUACCUUCGUGCCCUACUGCUUUUGCUGCUUUUAGCAUAGGAAGGAGGGUUUGUAUCGGUGUGUAA